AUGAGUGUUAGGAACCUCCGGGCCAUGUUCGAGAACAAAACUCAGGAUAGUCCGCCCGAGCGAGGGCGAUCACCUGCCGGCACCGAGUCGCCUCGUCCCCUUUCCAAGGUCCGCACAAGCUUCGUGGCAAUCGAGAAGGACGGCCGCAUAGGCCUACAACAACGGAACCCAAGCGAGGCCUCGGCAUCCAGUAUAUCUGGGAGGAAGCUCAGUGGUGACACCGAAACGACCGAAGCUGCGUCUUCAGUCCAGAUGGACAACACCGGUCCAAAUGUCUCUUCCGCAACUACCAGCCAGCCAGAGCCCGUCAGGGAAGUCGCCGCCCUUGCCGGAAGCGGUCCGCCAAAAGGGCUUGCCGAGUCCCCGCAGAUUAAAGAAGAUCCCCGCGCGAGGAAGUCUGAUUAUGGCAUUCAAGCUCGGAAGAGUCAAGGUGUUGGUGACCAAGAGCCAGCAGCACCAGAGCCAGCGCCAGCGCCAGUGCCAGCAGUCGUGGACGCGAACAAAACAAACAGCGCGAAGGCUGUAGGGACACCGGCAAAAUCCACCCCAGCAGCGUCAGCAGCACCAGCAAGUGAUGAUACGAACAAAACGAAUGGCGCGAAGGCAGUAGGGACACCGGCAAAACCCACACCAGCAACGUCAGCGGGACCGGCAGUACCAGCAGGCGACGACGUGAACAAAACAAACAGCGCCAAGGCUGUAGGGACGCCGGCAAAAUCCACCCCAGCAGCGUCAGCAGCACCAGCAAGUGAUGAUACGAACAAAACAAAUGGCGCGAAGGCUGUGCAGACACCGGUGAAAAGCAUACCAGCAGCGUCGGCAGGACCAGCAAAAGCAGAAGCAGCAGGGGCACCGAGAGCGGCAGAAGCAGCAGGACCAGGACGGCUGGGACGAUCAGCAGGAGCACCGGCACCGGCACCAGCAGCAGUACCAGCGGCGGCGGCACCCUCCAGCAAAGUGACAAGCAAAGAAGCUUUGAAGUCUCCCGACCCAGCACCGCAACCAAAGCCUGCGAGCAAGCCUACCAACACGGCGUCUCACCCGCCAACGACACCAAAGGCUGUGAAGCCAAACACCGAAAAGAAAGCAGCACCGGUCAGCGCCUCUCCUGGGGGCUUCGUCAAGCCCAGGCCCAAGUCACCAACACGCCCUGUCAAGCUACCUCCUAGCCUUACUACCCACACCACUGCCUCUGGAUCCAGGACCAGAACUUCUGGCAGCGCUCCUCCAUCCUCUCACGAGAACUCGGCCCGCUCCGUAAGCCGUUCCAAGGCGCUCGGGAGGUCGUCUUCCGCAGCCAGCAGGCAACGGCCCAGCAUUGGACCUCCACCCAAGUUGCCUGCCAAAGACCACCCGGUCGUGAAGAAGGACGCCAAGGUCGACGAGGGCUUCUUAGCAAGAAUGAUGCGACCCACCCAGUCGAGCGCCUCCAAGGUAAACGAGAAGGUGCCCGUCACCCCUCCGAGAAGACCAGCAGCAGCACCCAAGAAAUCGGCCAGUGCAAAGUCUGCCACAACGAAGAGGCCGGUAUCUAAGACAACUUCUGCGACAACCUCCGCGGCCCCAAGCCCUGAGAGAACCAAGAAGGAAUCUUCUGCGGACAGAGAUAUUGCGACAGUCAUCGAGAAGAUGUCUAUUGCGGAGAAUGUUCAGGAAACCCCCAAGACCCCUGAGCGUGAGGCUACGAUAGCAGAGGAGCUGGAGGAGGAGAAAACAGCUGAACCUUUGGCCAAUGGCGCCCACAAGGAGACAGAGGCAGUCAGCCAGCCAGCAGACAAGGGAGCUGAGCCUGAACAGGAGGAGUGGUGA